AUGAACAUCGUUAUGUUGGUUCUUAACAUAGUUGCGCUGGUCCUGGUAUUGUGGCAGUCCCUCUGCUCCUAUGACUUUCAAUGCCACGUCAGCCGCCCCUCUCAUGGAUGCAAACAAACCGGGAAAAGAGCAGACCGCAUUCUGGAAGCAGAGCACAUGAGUGCAUUAGAAGAGAACGGACAACUAUUUGGAGAACAAGACGAAGAAAUGGAAAAUCAUGUAACCCUCAUUUUAAAUUACCCAAUGAUUAACGCAGAACACGAGGAACUAUACACAGAUGAACAGAAUGACCUAGACGAAAUAGAAUUUCAUAAUUUAAUUAACAGAGUCAAUAUCCUUUGGAAUGAAGCAGUGGAAAAUAUGAUAAAGGAAUAUGUCACCUAUACGGAUAAUCACCACAUGGAGAUCCCCUGGAGAAAUGAAAUGUGGACCCAAGCGUGGGACAAAUAUUUAGAAAGCAUACAUGCAGAUUUAAAUAAAUUCCUAAAUGAUGACAGUCUUUCCCUUCAGACAAGAGAAAAUAUAGCUAAUAAUUUACUUUACUCGGUUAACGAUGAUUUCAAGUGGUUCUUAGAUAUAGUCAAGGAAGAAUGGGACAAAGAAAUGGCUAACCGAUCAGGGGUUGUCAUCACGGAAGUGUGA